CAUAAAGGUGAAAAAGUUAUGCUGUACUGUGACACAGAGACCUGUUGGCAAAUAGUCCCCUUUUCUCUAUAAACAGCUCUCACCUCAGACCUGACAAACUCAUUACACCGAACACAUAUCUUGCAGGGUAUUUAUCCACAAGAGAUACCAUGGGAGGAAUCUACAGAAAGCUCGUAACUUGUCAAGACUCACAAUCAUUGUGUGUUGUAUGUAUGGAUAAUAUUUAAAGGAACAAUGUAUUUAUAUUGACAGUAUGCUUUAUGGACUUAGAAUAGAAAUUAAUUACCAGGAGGAAAUGUGCCCCAAUGAUGGCCCAUUCAAGCAAGAGGGAGUUGUCACCCCUUUCUGAUCAGCCAGCAAGGUAAUGCAAGGCUCAAUUGACCGGCCUUGCUCCCUUCCAAAACUAUCCAUGGAAAACACAUCAGAGCCGCCAUCAAAUAAUGAAAACCUCCUACAGGUGAAGAAGGAACUGUUACAACAGACAGAGCUUCUCCAUGUCAGUAAAUAGAAACAAACAGCUUUUUUCAGAAUACCACAGAGGAAGGGGAAGCACUCUGGAUCCAUUCACUGAGGAAAACUCUUGGAGGAAGGGAAACCAGCCAGCUCUGCAGCAGACUGAACUUUUGGGGAGAAAUCUACUUUAUUUGAUAAGAAAGGAGAACAUCAGAGUUAAUGUUACUAUGUUGAAAACCAGUGAGGAAUCUCAAGAAGCACAGGUUGUCUUUAAUAUCACCUACAAUAGUGGACAGAUAUAUGUAAAUGACUUUCCUAUGAAGAGAGGUGUUACCCGGAUUAAGUGUCAAACUUUAAUAUUGGAAACUGGAAACUCUGAUAACCUAUUGGAUCAAAGGCAUUGGGGAAUUGUCAGUGUUCGCAUCCUGUUUCGUGAGUGGCCCUUGGCAUCCAGAUCAAAUUUGCAGUUGAUUGUCAUUCAGGAAGAGGUGACAGAAAUCGAUGGGAGAGAGGUUCAGCAAGAGGAAGUUACUGAAAUAAACAUAUUAAUUAAGGGCCUGAGAGUACUUAGACAUUCAAACCAUACUGUUCCUCUGAAGGAAAGCAUGCUAUAUUCCAUCCCCAGAGACAAUGACGUGUUAUUUACACUUCCCAAUCUCUCAGGAAAAGUAGAUGUUCAAGGCCCACUGCAACCAACCAGUCACUACCUCCUCAGGCAAGCAGAAACUACAGUAGAUGAAGAGACAUUACCUGGCAAGUUACCAGAGACUCCUCUCAGGACAGAGCCUCCAUCAUCUUAUAAGGUGAUGUGCCAGUGGGUGGAAUACUUGAGAAAAGAGCUGUGCGGGUUCUGGCUUACAUCUUUUCCUGUGUUCUUUAAGCUGAUGGAAGUCAUUGGGACUGGAGUUGUAGGAGCAGCUCUAGUUUUAGGAAUCUUAAAAGUGCUUUUCCCUUCCUGUGAACACAAAGGAGUCCUGCACCUGGAGGAUAUCAACACUACAGCUGGGCUUGUGAUAAACAUCUCUUCAGAUAUUCCAGAGAAGACAGACAAUUUAGUGGAGAAAUGAUGUACUCAAAACCAUAUUUGCAUCUGAAUCUUUGUACAAAUCUUCAGUGGACCUGAAAUUUGGCACUUGAACACCUUAUUUGCUUCCUAUUCUGAAAAUAGUAUGUCAACUGAUUUAUGUUUAAAGGGACACUUCAAGGUGGAGGCCCAAAAUGAUCUCCCCUCUUUCCACAGGCUCUUGCUCCCAAGGAACAGCAGCUUCCCAUUAUGAGGGUUGUGACAGGUUUUAACUUCUUUAAAAUACUCUCCGAGCAGCUGGGAUAGGGAGCUGGCCUUUGUAUUCACAGAUAAAGCAGUUAGAUAAUGAAAUACAGAAUGUGAUAAUCUUCAGUCAUCUCAAGCAUGGGCUAAAGGAAUAGAAGGAAAAGAUUACAGAUGUGCCUGCAAGCCAAAACAAAGCAGGUUGACCAGCUUUUAGACCUAUUACCCUUGACUGUGCCUUGUUAAAAAAAAACAAAACACACAAAUGGUCUUGCUAUUAAAAUGAGUUACUAUAUAUGUAAAACAAGGUAUUAAGGCAAUUUUUGAUAUUUCAAGCACUUUAUUCAAUACACAAUUUCAUGUUCAGCCUUUUCCCUACUGAAAAUUGUAAGCCACUUAUAGAUGACUUGUUUACCAUGCUUUUUGUAUAUCUUGUGGUACUUUGUGUUCUUGUUUCUGAAAAACUUUACACAUGUUUUACAAGACAGUGGUUUACUAUCUUGAGUACAGGAGGCAUAGUUUUCCCACAAAUGUUCACAAAUUAACAUGCAAAUUGUUUACUGUGUAUAUAAAAAAUCCUGAAAGGAAAUCUGUAGAGAAGUGGCUUGCAGGAACACAUUACCUGAAGAAAAAAAAAAAAUCACGCUGGAUUUUUAAACUUUCCAUUUGUAUUCCCUACCUUGUAGGAAUAUUAAAUAUUACAAGAAUGAA